AGUUGAACCCGUAGCCUGGCAGGCAGAGGGACCAUGGCUGCUUCACCUGUGCAAGGUGAAUGGAAACAAUCUCGGACAUCCUCCAGAGAAGGGCACCCAUCAUCACCAGAGUCUUCUUUGACCUGGUGCUUGGCUCACCUCUCCAGACCUGGAUCAGGGGCUGAACAUAAUGGGCAUGGUAAGGUGGACUCAGGCGGUGGCAGAGAUUUGGACAAGAGGUCCAGAGCUUCUCAGUGGCGAGCCCUGGUUGCUAUCCGGACGCAGCACAUCAAAGGAGACAAGGCUGGCAUCACCAGAUUCAGAACUCAAGGUGGUCUCCAGCCCCUGUUGGACCUACUCAAGCACCCAGAUUGCUCAAGGAAAACCCUGGACCUGGCUCUGAGCAUCCUGGCAAACUGCUGCACUGAGCUGGAGACGCGUAUAGAGGUCCGUAAGCUUGAUGGAAUAAAUAUUGUAGUGGAGAUCCUGAAGAGAAAUGUGGCCCUGGAGACCGUCCAGAACCGAGCAGCCCGUGCACUGGGAAACUUGGCCAUGGAUCCAGAGAGCUCUGCACUCAUCCACUCUGCUGGUGGUGUUCCUCUUCUCCUCCUUUGUGUGUCUCUUUCUUCUGGCCCAUCCUCCCCCACUGGUGCUCCGCCCAAAGACACCUGCCCUAAACUAGAAUGCGCUCAGUCGGCUGCCCGGGCUCUCCUCUACCUCUCAGAUACGCCCUCUAACCGUCUGUCCCUGCUCACCCAAGGGACCUUAUCUGCUCUCGCCCCUCUCAUCGCUCCAGAAUAUCCCCUCGGCCUGAGGCGGGCGGCCCUCAGGACCCUCCACGAGCUCACCCGGGGCUGUGGUGUCGAAUGUGCCAGGGAGGUGUCCCGUUCUGGAGUCCUCGCUCAGCUCGGUGUCAUGGCAUCCGGGGAGUCUGGUAAACCUUUUGAGGAACUGGCGCUGAAAACUCUGGCCAACAUGUGCUCCCAAGGCUGCAUGCGCCCUCUUGUGGGGUCACUGGGGGUCAUUCAGAAGUUCACUGAGGAAGUCAAGAGGGACCCACUGAAAUCCGGAGUCUUCCUCAAGGCGCUGUGCUUGUGCUGCAAGGAGGCAGUCAAUCGUGCCAAGGUGAAGGAGAGUGGUGGACUGGAAGUGCUAAUAGGCUUUUUGGCUGCCCAUCAGAGUCAUCCCCUGUCCAGACUAGCCAUCUUGGCCUGUGUAGACUUUGUUUUUGAUGAAUCUGCUAUGGAGCAGUUGCAAGAGUUAGGGCUGGUCCCUCUGUUGGUUACUCGACUAGUUGAGCUCACCAGAGGGGAGGAACAAUCAGUUGAGAAGAUGGAUGUGAGCAUCUCCUCCAACAUGUCUCCCACUGAGCUCCUGCCCUCGUCAUGCUUUGAGUCCUUUGACUUUCCUCCUCCUGAAGGCUGCAAGAAGGAGGAAGCUGGAAGGGAGCAAGGUCUAUGUUCAUCCAGCUUUUUAAGUCUCAGGUCCUGGUUGGUGUCGGAGGGCUUGAUUUCUUCAGAGGGGGACCUGCUGGAUUCCUCUGGCGUUGAAGGGGAAUGGGGCAGUCUUCAGAUCCCACCGUCUUCAUCCCCUCAAACCUCCUCCCCAAACCCUGAUGUCCUUUCCUCUCUUAAAAACACUUCUCCGUUCAACCCGACUGCCUCUUCCUCUUCCAAAAAAGCAGCCCAGCCUUCCCCUGUCUCCUCUUCGUCCUCUUUAAAAAUCACUGAUCUGCCUCCCUCGAGUCCUCAACCUUCCAGUGCACUCACACCCCAAACCCAGGCCAGUCCCUCCACUAUCUCCUCUCCCACUAAAACAACCCAAACACCAGUUUCUCCGUCAAAGUUCUCAUCCCCUCACAGAAGGAGGCAGCGUGCUCAUUCAGCAGCUUGUUUGACUAAAGUCACUCUUGACACCCCUCCAUCUGUGCCCCGCACGAUGGCUUACCACCACCCCUACCACCCUGAACCCUGGACGCCUGAGUCGCCCAUCCUGCUGCUGCUGUCGCGCUUCUCCCACGCCACCGACCCAAGUGCUGCUCUGGUCAGCUCGGGCGUCAUGUCUGGCUUGCUCUACUACCUCACCCAGCAUCAGGACCCCAGCAGCAGGUGCCUCCGUAUGCUUUGCCGACUGAGCUGCAACCCAAACUGUUUGCAAGCGCUGGUCCGAACCGGCUCGGUCGCGCUGAUUCGUCACCAUCUCUGCCAGAGAGGCGGAGGAUUCAAGGGGGAGGAGAGGCAGACGGAGCGAGUGAAAGCCAAAGUUAAACAGCUUGGUCUCGCUCUCCUUAAUAAUCUGCGCGUCCAGUGUGAGUCUGGAUUUGGCUCGGGGGUUCUUGCCCAUGUGAUGCUGUCAGGCUCCGAGUCUGACAAGAUGAACUGUGCGCUGUCUCUGCCAUUAAUCAGCAGCAACAAGUCCCUGUUGAAGAAACUUCUUGUGGACAGCGGGGGACUGCUCUUGGCUCUGCAGCCGCUUGGUUGUGAUGACGACGACGUGGAUGAAGACCAACCGGCUGAAUGUGGAAGGCUGCUUUCUGAUUGGUUUACUUCACCACAUUCAGGCCUGAGUCCUCAGCUCCACUCACUUUACAUCUCCCUCCUGAUUGCUUGUCUGUCCACUCUGAUGGCUGGCAUCAAAAUUGACCUUGACAAAAAACAUCUCAACUCAGUGACGACACAGUCGGACACUAAAACUGGCAGAGUUUCACCCCCUCCCUCGAAAAAGCCUCGCCUGGCUGACAUCUGUCCUUAUGGACUCUCAAAUUUUGACCUCAUCUUGCUGCUGGACGACGGGACUCAGGUCCCAGCCAAUAGGGAGGCUGUGGCUACGGUCAGCUCUGAAUACUUUUGGGCCCUGUUGAAAGGCGGAUUUGGAGAAGCUCAGGGUAAUGCAGAAGAAGCCAUCCGCAUUAAAGAUGUCAGCACAGGUAUGCUGCUGCCAGUACUGCAUUACCUGCAUGGGUGUCGCCUCACCAAGGACACAGAAUCAACAAGGGAAAGUGACGAAGGAGAGACGAGAGGACAGUGCAAGAUGUUGGACACAUUGGUCCUUAAGGGCCUUGAAAAACAUCCAACAGAAGAACUAGCCUUCCAGAAAACAGCUUUAGGAGAGAUGAUGAUUGGUGCAUGCAGAUUUUUGGUGACUGAGCUGCAGAGAGAGUUGGAGGAUCUUUGUGUGUCUCUUCUCCUGUCUUGCUCCACCAAAGCCACAUCAGCUCCCACAGAGGACAACGCUGAAACUGCUGCAUCGAACACAAACCGGGAAAGCCUCGAGUCUGCUGAGGAGAACCUGGCUAAUCGAACGUCUGAGUUAGAAUUGACUGGUUGUGAGGUGCCAACAGAAAAUGUAUCAGGACAGACGAAGAAGGCAAACAGCUCCCUACAGCAGACUGACAGUAAUAAGAUCUCCGUUACUGGAACAGUUAAAAAGGCGACCAGAGGACUCAAUACGACUUCCGACCAUAAGACAAUUAAAAGUGUCACUCCGGUGUCCAAAUCAAGUUGUGCAUCAGUAGUGGACAAAUCACUUGAACCAGAAAAGUUGAGAUUGAGACCAAAGAACUUGAAAAGUUCAGUACAGCUUCUGAAAUCAGCAGCUCAGGACUCCCUUUCUUCCCCAGCAGUCCGCGCUGAAGGUCGGGCCCUGGCUGCUCUCCUCCCCCAGGUAUACUGGUUUUCCCAGCGGUACAACUACCCAGCACUGGGUCGGGCCUGUCUGUCUUUGCUGCUGGGCUGCCAGGACUGUCCUCGACCGCUCUCGUCCUCCUCCCUUGCUGAGGGUUGCUUUCGCAGACUUGCUAGAGAAGCUGAUUGUACGGAGACUCUUAAACAGGAUCUACUAAGUCUGGCCACAGUAGCUCUGAGCUAAGCUAGGAGGGAAGUAUUGAUUGAUGGGUGACCGAGGACAGAGAAUAAGUGAGAGUCAGAUUUGGGGCUUGUUAAAAGCUUCUAGAGAAGUUGUCAUUACAUUAUAUCAAAUGUCUGGAAAGUGCAAGUGCAGGUUACAACAACCGCAUGACACCUGAAAAAAACAUGCUGUAUGAAUUUCUUCACAAUCAGAACGGACUGUUGAUUUAUUUUCAUAAACUGGAAGCAUAAAUUUCUAUUUAGUUUUGAUGUAAUCUGAUAUAACUGCUCAUCCCAGCAUGUCAUAAUUGUAUUAUAAUUUACUGCUGCUGGAUUAACCUCUAAUGACAUUUGUAUUGUGAUUUCUUUUUUUUUCUUUUUUUCUUUUGGGAAACAGUCAGAACAAAUGUCUGCAAUGAAUUUGAUAAGUGUCAUUUAGCUGGAAGUACUGGAAUUAUCAGGGUCGGUCUAGAAGCCAGUUGUUUAUUUUGUACAUAGAGAUAAUAUGAGUUAGCAGAUAUACAGUGUAUAGAUUCCAGCUGUCCCAUAUUAAUUUAAGCUACUGAAUAUAUUGUUGGAACAUGACUUUGCUUUUGGUUUCUUGUUUUGGAGUGUGGAUACCAAAAAAUGGCCACAGUGAUCAGUAAACUGUUCUACAG